AUGCAACAUCGGCCCGACUACAUAGCAGCGAAAACUGGACGAUUUCUUCACAGAAGAACUGAACAUAUUUUCAAAAUUAUAAUUCUUCUUUAUCUGUCUGUGUGUGUGUCUCCCGCACCCUCUUCCCUCGUGUCUCUCUCUUCUCUCUUCCCUCGUCUGUGUCUCUCUCUUCUCUCUUCCCUCGUCUGUGUCUCUCUCUUCUCUUCCCUCGUCUGUGUCUCUCUCUUCUCUCUUCCCUCGUCUGUGUCUCUCUUCUCUCUUCCCUCGUCUGUGUCUCUCUCUUCUCUCUUCCCUCGUCUGUGUCUCUCUCUUCUCUCUUCCCUCGUCUGUGUCUCUCUCUUCUCUCUUCCCUCGUCUGUGUCUCUCUCUUCUCUCUUCCCUCGUCUGUGUCUCUCUCUUCUCUCUUCCCUCGUCUGUGUCUCUCUCCUCUUCUCUCUGUCUCUCAAACAUCUGUGUCUCUCUCUUCUCUCUUCCCUCGUCUGUGUCUCUCUCUUCUCUCUUCCCUCGUCUGUGUCUCUCUUUCUCUCUUCCCUCGUCUUUGUCUCUCUCUUCUCUCUUCCCUCUCGUUUGUGUCUCUCUUCUCUCUUCCCUCGUCUGUGUCUCUCUCUUCUCUCUUCCCUCGUCUGUUCUCUCUCUUCUCUUUUUCUCGUCUGUGUCUCUCUAUCUCUCUUCCCUCGUCUGUGUCUCUCUCUCUAUUCCCUCGUCUGUGUCUCUCUCUUCUCUCUCUCUCUUGUGUCUCUGUCUUCUCAUUCCCUCGUCUGUGUCUCUCUCUUCUCUCUUCCCUCGUCUGUGUCUCUCUCUCUAUCCCUCGUCUGUCUCUCUCUCUCUCUCUUCCUCGUCUGUGUCUCUCUUCUCUCUCGUGUGUGUCUCUCUCUUCUCUCUUCCCUCGUCUGUGUCUCUCUCUUCUCUCUAUCUGUCUGUGUCUCUCUCUUUCUCUCUUCUCUCGUCUGUGUCUCUCUCUUCUCUCUUCCCUGUCUGUCUCUCUCUUCUCUCUUCCUCGUCUGUGUCUCUCUCUUCUCUCUUCCCUCGUCUGUCUCUCUCUCUUUCUCUUCCCUAUCUCUGUCUCUCUUUCUCUUCCCUCGUCUGUAUCUCUCUCUUCUCUCUUCUCUCGUCUGUGUCUCUCUCUUCUCUCUUCCCUCUCUCGUGUCUUCUCUCUAUCUCUCGUGUCUUCUCUCUAUCUCUCGUGUCUCUCCUCGUCACUCCGACUUAAAGGAUUUACGAUGUUGA